AUGGUGAAGGUAGCGGAAUACCCAAGAACAGCGACGUUCGCGUGGUCCCAGGAUCGGUCGCCUUUACUAGCCACAGGAACAGCAUCUGGGACAAUUGAUGCGGACUUCUCCAGCGAGUCAAAACUGGAGAUAUGGUCGCUGUUGGCGGACAAUGGCGGGAGUCCACAGGCAUCGGUGGAGGCAGAAGCGAAAUUCAACGAUCUGGACUGGUCUUACGACAACCAGGUGGUGGCAGGAGCUUUGGAAAACGGAACGGUGGAGUUUUUUUCGCCCCAGGACUUGAAAUCGAUUGCCAAGGUCUCAGCGCACUCCACGCCGGUGAAAACGGUGCGUUUCAACGGAAAACAGCACAAUGUGAUGUGCUCGGGCGGCGGAAACCGGGAAAUCUUCAUUUGGGACGUGACAAAGGCCACACAAUCCGGAUACGCUCCGGUGACUCCAGGGACCGCUAUGACGCCCAUGGACGAAAUCAGCUCUUUGGCAUGGAACCAGAGCCAGGCACACGUGUUUGCGUCGGCCGGAUCGUCUGGGUUUGCAUCGAUCUGGGAUCUCAAGGCCAAAAAAGAGGUUUUGCAUUUGAGCCACACGUCGCAGCUCACAGGCCAGAAAAAUCAGCUCUCGGUGGUUGAAUGGCACCCCACAAAUUCGACCCGCAUAGCCACUGCGAGCGGCAACGAUUCAGACCCUUCCAUUUUGGUGUGGGAUCUCAGAAACGCCAACGUCCCUCUAAAUAUACUUUCCGGAGCGCACACAAAUGGGAUCUUGUCGCUAGACUGGUGCAAACAGGACGAAAAACUGCUGAUUUCCAGCGGACGUGACAACACGUGUGUCCUGUGGAAUCCCGAUGAGUCGCAAGCAUUAACCCAGUUCCCCACACGCGGCAAUUGGUGUUUCAAAACGAAGUUUGCCCCACAAGCUCCAGACUUGUUUGCGUCAGCGUCUUUCGACAACAAGAUCGAGGUCCAAACAUUACAGAAUCUAAACUGUGAUUUGGACACUAACGCAUCUGCCAGCAAGCAACAAGAAUCCGAGACCGAGUUCUGGAACAACGUUUCUGAGCAGGACAGUAACGAGAAACCCGUAGUGAACAAACUACAGGCUCCAACAUGGUAUGGAAACAAAUCUCCUGCGGCACAAUGGGCCUUCGGUGGUAAACUUGUUUAUAUCACCAAUGACAAGAAGGGCGUCAGAAUCGUGAAGCAAAACAUUCCAGGUGUCGAGAAAAAUUCGAUGCUUGACGAGGCUCUACAGUCCAAAGACUUCAAGCCAAUCAUCAACAAAAGACUAGUUCAAAGCAUUGAUGAGACAAACGAAGAAGAUUGGAACAUGCUGGAAAGGGUGUCUUUGGAUGGUAAGGACGUUUUCUUGAAAGAAGCUCUUGCGUUUGACGACGAAGAUCUCAGCGGCGCGGAGGACAAAGCGACAAGUGCUGACGAUGGUGAUGACUUUUUCUCCAAUUUAAACCAAGCGUACACUCCCGAGGGCUCAUUCAAACUCGACACCAGUGGUGCUUCUGAUGCACUCAUCAAAAGCUUAAUUAAAAACGACAAGAAGAAGGCCAUUGCACAGGCUUUGGACCAAGGGCUGCUGCUAGAAUCAUUUUUGAUUGCGCUAAACAGUGAUGACCAAAGCUUAAAGCAGAAAGUGAAAAAUUCGUACUUCUCGAAAUAUGGAAGUACUUCUUCACUUGCUAGAGUCUUGCACAGCGUUUCCCAAAACGAUGUCGAAGAUUUGGUGGAAAACUUGGACGUUUCUCAAUGGAAAUACGCUCUCAAAGCUAUCAACGCAUACUCCUCGAACGAUGCGAAGAAGAAUGAACUUCUCGUUAAACUCGGUGACAGAGUUUCCGAAUCCGAUAAUAGACAAGACGCAUUGCUUCUUUACCUCAGCGCCCAGUCGCUGGACAAGGUUGCUGAGAUUUGGCUCAAAGAAUUCGUGGGUCUUGAAAGCAAGCUCAAAUCUAAAAAGGAAACUAUUUACGAAGCACAUCUAGAGUGUCUCACCGAGUUUGUGGAAAGAUUCACGGUUUUCUUCAGCCUCAUCAGUGACAAGCAGCACCAAAAAAUUACCAACGAGGGCCUUAUCUCCAAAUUUUUGGAAUUUGUCAACUUAACGUCGGCUAAUGGCGAUUUCGAUCUGGCUCUCAAGUUCCUAGACAUUUUGCCAAGCGAUAACGAGGAAGUUGUCACGGAAAAGCAACGUGUAUUGAUUGCAUCUAACAAGAAUAUCUCUGUUGCAAAGACUGGCUCAAAUGCUGCGACCAAGGCACCCAAGUCGAGAUAUGCCGCGACUGGCACAAUCCCUGCAGUAAACCCAAUUGGUCUUGGGGUUUCUCAAAAGCAGGCUAGCUUUGGUGGCUCGGUACCACCAGCUCAACAGUUGUCCAACAACUACGCUUCUGGAUCUUCAUUCUCCCAAACGGCUCCUAUGACCCCACGUACGGCUUCUAUCACCGCUCCAAUCACGACCGCAUUGAAGUCAAAUGCUUAUACGCCUGCAACGAAUACUCAGGCGCCGGUGCCUAAUAAGUAUGGCCCUGCGGCCGUUUCCCCAGGUGCUAUUACCCGCGUUCCAACCGCCUCUGUUCCACCUGCACCUUUGGCGAACAAUGUAGCUGCAGCCAAUCCAUACACACCUGCUGGGCUACAAACAGCAGCGAUGAAUCCUCCAGCAAAUCCGUAUGCCACUCGCUAUGGCAGUACCGGUUCUCAACCUACUUACACCCAGCCUUUCAAACCGGUAGCUAACGUUAUUGGGGCUGGAUCGCCAGGCUACAGCAACGGGAUGCAACAGGUACCUCCACCUCCAAUAAGUGGUGUGAGUUCGGGCCAGACCCCGCAUCUCAAUAAAAAGGCGAAUGACGGCUGGAACGACUUGCCUUUGAAAAAUGUCUCCGAUAAGCCUACGCGCGCUAAAGCUGUCUCUGUUGCUCCAGCGAGCGUUGUCACUUCUCCCGGUCCAGUUGGACCCCAGUCAAGCUUUGGAUCCAUUCCUCCACCACCCUUGUCGAGAGUGACCUCCUCGGCGACCAUACAAACCCCAGUUCCUCAAAGAGGUCCCUCCAAGGCAUACACCCCAUCCACUAGCAGUGCUUCUCCUUCCACCGCUCCUGCACCACUUCCAGCAUUUGCUCCUCCCUCCAAUCCGUAUGCUCCUCCUCCAGCGACCAACUUCCCACCGAACCCAUAUGCUUCCUCACCUAAGGUAGGUCCCGUACCUAACCAGACUGCUUACGCACCCUCGGCAAACAUCCCAAUGGGCGGUGGAUUGGCUCUAAAUGGUCAAUCUGGUCCUCCUCCAAUUCCACAAAAAGCACCAGUCGGUCCUCCUCCCACCAAUAUGCGGAGAAGGGCCCACGCCACUCAGGACGUGAGCUCCGCUAAUGCUCUAUUGGACUCUGUUCAGGGUAAAACAAAUAGUCCAGCUCCUCUAGCCACCGAAUUUGCACCAAAUGGAGCACCAUUGGGAGCCGCUGUUGGAAACGGCACUCAGGCACCCAGUAACGCGUAUCCUGACACUUCAGCUUCUGCUACUGCCACAGAAACACACACAAUACCAGCAGAGCAGCAGCCCAUCGUUGAUUUCUUGAGGAGUGAACUGGCCCGUGUUACGCCAUUGAUUCCACAAGAGUACACUAAACAGCUGAAGGACUGCAACAAAAGAUUGAAUAUCUUGUUUGGCCAUUUGGAGAGACAGGAUCUACUCACUCAGCCCACAAUUGACAGGCUACACCAGAUUGUAGCAUUAAUGCAGGAGCACCGUUACGCUGAGGCAAUGCAAGUUCAUGUCGAUAUCGCAACCAAUCAUGCCCACGAUGCAGGGAAUUGGCUGACCGGCGUGAAGAGACUAAUAGGAAUUGCUGAAGUCACAUCGUCCUGA